AUGAGUGAGGCAGGAGAGGCCACCCUCAUGGAGGCGGCAAACUCAGUCUCCCCCCAAGCCACGGAGAAAGAUCUGUUGUCCUUGGGAGGCGGAGAUUUUCCCGGGGCCCUUGUCACCAGCAACCACAGCAGGGAUGAGAUCCCAGAGGCCACCGCGGCAGCAAGCGCCCAGGGAAAUGUCAUCGCCACAAGGGUGCUUGGCUAUGUCCAGUGGUUCAACGUGAAGAAAGGAUACGGUUUCAUCAGCAGGAACGAUACCCAGGAAGAUGUAUUCGUGCACCAGACGGCCAUCACCCGGAAUAACCCUCACAAAUACCAACGCAGCGUGGGCGACGGCGAGAUGGUGGAGUUCGAUGUGGUGCUGGGCAAGCGGGGCACCGAGGCCGCUAAUGUGACUGGUCCAGCGGGCGCCCCAGUGGAGGGCAGCUGGUUUGCUGCCAACCGCCCGGGCUUUUGCCAUGGCUACUACAACCCCCACCGCGUGCCUCAGCCUCGCGGCCUCAGGAGCACUGAGGACAAUGUCAACAAGCACGAAGGCAGCAGCCGCGAUGGCCUCACCGUGGCCCAGGGCCAGAGUGGCCGCCUGCCGAGCUGUCCCCCAGACCAAGGGCUGCAGUGUUUCCCGCCCUCCCGCAGACCCCAGGCCGUGACCGAGAGACUGCCCGGGCUCCCAGCUCCAGCCAGCGGCCUGCAGGACUCCCUCCAGUCCGGGUCCACCCCUACCACAGGCCCCGAGUGCGCACCGCUGCGGCGAGGGCCUUGUGUUAGCUACCGGCUGAGUCGCCCUAGAGGCCAAGGCCCUGUUCCUGGUCCUAAACCCUCACUCGGCAUCUCCGAAGAGCUGAAAGCACUGGGCAAGGAGAGCUGGUGCAAUGAGGGAGUCCUGCCGCAGAAACCCCUGCCACGUUAUGGAUUCUGGUACCCCAACGACCUAUGCCUCCGCCUGCUGCAACUGCGUGAUGCCCAGGGCCAGAAUCCCGAAGCAGGAGCUGGUAAGAUCCGGAAGGGCCCUGCUGAAAUAACCGCUUUUGUUGCCAAGAAGAGAAGCAUUGCAAAAGAGGUGGAUACCGCAGUCGCGCAUGCCCCCUCUGCUCAGGCUGAGUAA